AUGUGGUGGCUUGCACUGCAUGUUGUUGGUACAUACUUUAAUCCUCACGAUCCCCUGCCCUUUUUCCUGAACCACUGCAAUCCCUUUGUCUUCAGCGUUUUGGAAAUGGCCCCCAUUCGUCACACAAAAUAUAACUAUUCAGAGAAAACACUUUCAAAAACAUCAAAGUGCCAAAUCUGUGGAAAACUAUUCAAACCUCAGGGCAUCAAGAGCCAUGCGACACACUGUGCAGCUUGUCAAACAAGGGAAAUACAACAAAUAGACGCUACUAAGGAAUAUGAGAGGGAAAAGGAGCAAGCUGAGGAAUUGAGGGUAGCGUUGGUCACAUCUGCAUACUCAACAGUGCGCAUGCACAUCACGCAGGCAGGCCCUUCUCAAGCAGCCCACAUGCUUAGUGAAGAUAACAAUGGAUUGCCAAGACAUGUGGGAGCCUCAUGGAGAUCCUGCUGCACAAAGUGCAAUACCCCAUCACUUUUCCAGUCACAAGAAGAAUUUGGUCAGCAUGCUACUGCUAUGAUGGCCCCCAAUCCACACCCAUGGUGCCCAUUUAUUGAGGAGGGCGACUACUUGUUUGCUGAAAUAGCAUUGCAAGCGGGCCUCAAUGCAUCACAGAUCAAUGGGCUGCUUUCCCUCAUUUCACGCAUUGUCCAAGGAAAGGCAAAUGUUACCUUGCAGAACAAUGCUGACCUUCAACAUGCAUGGGACAGGGUGGCCAUGCAGGUGACACCAGUACAUUCUUUCUCUUCAUACACCAUGAGCUUCCAUGCAUUCAUCCACAAGCUUCUACUCUAG